AUGGUAGGCGGAAGCAUUCACGAUAGACUAGUACGCGCGGCCAGGGCUGAGGCUCAGGCCCUACCGGUGAAUCUGCGGGGUCGGCUCCCCCCCCCAACCGCGCCGGUGCAAGCUCGUAAAAGGGUACGAUCAAAGCACCCUGAAUUUCACACAGGCAGAAACCCCACCGGCGCAGAGCCUCAUGUCUCUCUCGCGGUUGAGGAAACCGAAAAUAUGCCCCCCCCCGUCCCCAACCCCAGGAGCUCCUCCUCUUCAGCCUCCUCUUUCGGGCCCACCAGCGCAAACAACAAGAGCAACUCAUAUUUUGUGGUUCACGGAUUUGUGGUGGUUCUUCUCUAG